GUACUUAAUAAUGCGGUAGAACCAUUUUAGUUUCUCUGUCUGUUUACAUCGCGAAACAGUUUCACGUGUACUACCAAAAAAUGGCACACUUAAUUAGAAAGUUGAUCAGCACACCUAAGGCACCAAGACCGGUAGCCCCUUAUAAUCAAGCCGUUGUUUGGGAUCGCACCGUGUACGUAUCAGGAUGUCUGGGUUUGGAUAAAGACACCAUGAAAAUGGUUUCUGGGGGAAUUAAACAGGAGACGCGCCAAGCCCUCGUAAACCUAGGUCAUGUACUUGAAGCCGCCGACUCCGGAUACGACAAAGUUAUCAAAGUAACAGUCUUAAUGAAGGAUAUCAAAGAUUUCGGGACCAUCAACGAAAUUUACAAAGAGUUUUUCACAGAGAAUUAUCCAGCGCGCACUGCUUACGAAGUGGGAAAUUUACCACUAAAUGCUUUGGUUGAGAUUGAGGUCGUUGCUGCAACUGGAGAAGUAAAAACGGUCUCAUGAACUAAAGCCACUGUUUAGCUUCAAGUUAUUUAUUCACUUUUACGCACAGUUUUAAGGAAACAAUAAACGCACGUAGCAAGUAUUAUCAAUUGAUUGUGUUAAAAGAGUACUAAUUAAAUUGCAUUAUUAU